AAAAAUCCCUUCCUUUCUGCAAAUUCUCACUCACUGCAGACCCCAGAGCUGAGCUGAGCUCCCCUUUAUUGGUGCCUCUGUCUUCCCUUUUUCUUCCGCAUCAAGAACUCCUCAAAUCUCUUUCUUCAUUUCUUCAGAUUCCGAAUAAUUCAAUCAAGCUUGCAUCAAAAAGCAAGCUCCCAGUAAUGUCAGGUUUGUAUAAUCCCAACUUCUCCCCUGCAAGAGCAGCUUCUCCUCAGAUUCGGACCUCCGCCGAUGCUGACAGUCAGUACUUGUCGGAGCUGUUGGCUGAGCAUCAGAAACUCGGUCCCUUCAUGCAAAUCCUUCCUAUUUGUAAACGCCUUUUGAAUCAAGAGAUUUUGCGAGUUUCUGGAAUGAUGUCCAACCAGGGUUUUAGUGACUUCGACAGAUUACGACAUAGAAGCCCUAGUCCAAUGGCUUCUUCAAACCUCAUGUCAAACAUUUCUGGCACAGGUUUUGGCAGCUGGAAUGGACUCCCUCAGGAGCCCAGAUUAAGUGGAAAUCCUGGAACGACAAUGGACUGGCAAGGUGCUCCUGCAAGCCCGAGUUCAUUUACUGUAAAGAAAAUUUUGCGGUUGGAAAUACCAGUGGAGACGUAUCCGAAUUUCAAUUUUGUUGGGCGGCUUCUCGGACCUAGAGGCAAUUCUCUAAAAAGGGUAGAAGCUACUACCGGGUGUCGUGUGUAUAUAAGAGGAAAGGGGUCAAUUAAAGAUCCAGAAAAGGAAGAGAAACUCCGAGGGAGACUUGGCUAUGAACAUCUGAACGAACCGCUGCAUGUCCUCAUCGAGGCUGACUUACCAGCCAAUAUCAUCGAUAUCAGGUUGAGACAGGCACAAGAAAUUAUAGAAGAACUACUCAAACCUGUGGACGAGCCGAAUGAUUAUAUCAAAAGACAACAACUGCGCGAAUUAGCAAUGCUGAAUUCAAAUUUCAGAGAGGAAAGUCCUGGUCCGAGUGGUGGUAGUGUUUCACCUUUCAACUCGAGUGGGAUGAAGCGAGCUAAAACCGGUGGCUGAGAGCUCGCAUUACUGGCCGAGACGUUUUUCCUCUCUAUUAUGCAAAUCGAUCACUGAAAUGCCUGCCAACAGGUUAGGAUUCAGUAACUAGCAUAACUACAAAAAUUGAUGGUCAAUAUUCAUUUUUGAGUUUAUUUAUUAUUUAUUUAUAAACAACAGAAUGUUAAGAAAUGUCUUUUUUGUUUCCUCAUUUUCUACUGAGAGAGAAAAGAGAAGGGCUUAGUGAGUGAAGAUUAUGUAGUUUUGCUUGGGAGAGGUUCCCAUCUGGUGAGGUCGUUCUGUCUUAUAAACUGAAUAUAAUUAUUGAAUUUAUUCUUGUGUUAGUGACU